AUGAGAUGGAUUUCGGCAGUCCCUAACGCAAAUAGUUGGUUUGUCUCUGGUUGUCGGCCCUUGCGCAAUUGCUCACCCUCUCUUUUCCCAUUGACCUCUGAACAGACGGCAAAGAUUUUGAUGCGCGCCAAGUACAAAUUUAAAUUUGCUUUCAAUGACAUUCAAGGAUUUAUGUAUAUUUGGGACUAUAUCGAGCUACGAAACAGCUCAUUUCGUGGUGUAUGCAUUAUGUAUGGAUACUUACCGUUCAUUGCCAGAAUGUCGGUGAAAUUUUUAUGGUCUCAGUCAAGGAUGAAGUUAGAAUUUUCUCGAAAAGUUGAAAGUUUUCAACACUGGAAAAUUUACGAAAGAGUGUGUGGAUGUGGGAGGUUAGUGAAAGAAAUACUAAUCAUGCAGAUAUCAGCCUGUGGACGAAAAGGUAAUGCAGUUGAUGACUCUAAAGAAAGUGAGUAG